GUUAAUUGUGUGGAGUACAAACAACAGCAUAGAUUGGCUCAGACAGCUUGUCUCUGCACCAAAGAAUGAAAUGAAGUUUUAUCCUUUUAAUGCAACAGGACAAAAAUCAUCAACCCACUGAAAAAAGAGGAAUGCCAUGUUCUGAAGUUCACAUUCAAUGAUUCAGAGUGAGUGCAUAUUACUUCCAGCUUUCUGGCAAAAUACAAGUGCAAGGACAAACAGAUCAACCAUUUAAUCUUUGGACAAAGAAGAAUUGAUGGAGAUUUUGAGGAAAGUGAACUUUGUGUUGAUUUGAAGGAAAUUGUUACUUACAUCCGUGGAUACAAUUGCACUUUUUGUUGUGCUUUAUGUGUAACUGACAGUUGAAUCGGUUUGCAUUUCUCUUCCAGUACUGUCUUUCAGGUGAUUAUUUUUCUAAACAAGAUUUUGUUAUUGCUUUAUUAUUUUUAAUUAUGGAAGGCCAGAUUGACUGCGAAUCAUAUUUCAACCAUAAACAUGUAUCCGAUUUUGAAGUUAAACUUUCAAUCAAGAUUUUUCUUACAAUAUUAUAUAGUAUUAUCCUUGUGGCAGGGAUAAUUGGAAAUAGUUUAACUAUAAAGGUCGCACAGGUUCUCCAAAAGAAAGGUUAUCUUCAAAAGAGUGUUGCCGAUCACAUGAUCAGUCUUUCCUGUGCCGAUUUACUUGUUCUUUUAUUGGGAAUGCCUGUGGAAUUAUACAGCGUGAUAUGGUAUCCAUUUUCAACAUCCAGUGGAAAUGCAGCCUGCAAGAUUUAUAACUUCCUCUUCGAAACCUGUAGCUAUGCCACAAUAUUGCAUAUUGCUACUUUGAGUUUUGAACGUUACAUUGCUAUUUGUCAUCCAUUCAAAUACAAGUCUGUAUCUGGUUCAAGAACAGUGAAGCUGAUUUGCUUUGUCUGGCUAACUUCAUUUUUUAUAGCCUUGCCACUCCUCUUCGCAAUGGGCUUGGAGGAUCCACUUGAGCCCUUUGCUGACAAUGGCCGCAAUCCUCUUCGUAGUAACUGUGACAACAGAAAAUCAAACCACACCAUUUGCACCAACCUCAGCUCUAAACAGAUAGUCUUCCAGGCAAGUGUUUUCAGCGCUUUCAUCCUUUACGUUGUGACUCUUGUCGCAGUUGCAUGUAUGUGCAAAAUGAUGAGGAGCACUUUAAUCAGAAUGGAUUUUAAUAACAAGGAUCCCAAAGGUAAAGGCCAUUCAAAACAAAGGAGUACAAAAGUAGAAUCAUCAAGAAAACAGAGCAUCAUGUUUUUAGUGCUCAUUGUGGUUACUCUCGCUGUAUGUUGGACACCACUGCAAAUUCGACGGAUCAUGGCAGCUUCCAAGGCCAAAUCAGAUUGGACAACUGCAUACUUCAGAGCUUUUAUAAUCCUAUUGCCUAUCUCAGAUACUUUCUUUUACCUUAGCUCAGUAUUGAAUCCAUUGCUGUAUAAUCUGUCCUCUCGGCAGUUCAGGAUGGUUUUCAUGCAAAUUCUGCGCUGUAAGCUUUCCAUAGUGCACCGCAACAUGCAGACCUUAAGCAGAAACCAUACCAUUCCCAAGGUCAACACUGCUCAAUCAACAAAAUUACUCCUUCCUGCCUCACUUAAACACAUCCACUCACACCGGAAAACCAAUCAGAAUCUUCCAACUCCAAUGGUGAAAGACAUGGUCUUUGAGCUUGAACCAUUGUCAUCUCAAAACUGUGAGCCUAAAACAGAAUCAUUGUCAACAGAAUUCAAUCCAGUUUCAAGGCCCAGGCCGUGGAAAGUAAACUCCGAGCAACCAUCACCAGAAAAAAACUUUGGGCUAUGUCUAAAAGAGCAACUAAAUGGAGUCAAUGAAACUGAGAUAUGAAGCUUUUAUAAAACAUAAAUACUUCAAACGAAAACCACAGAGAAAACUUUCAAAGUGCAGUCAGUGUUACUUUCAAGGAUACAAUACCAUGUAAAAAUUCAAUAAAGCGAACAAAUGGAAAUUGCCUCUGUGGAUUAUU